AACUUACCGUAUGCUUUAGAGCUUCAAUAGAAGAUGGCCGUUAAAUCCAUUCCUUAUAUUUCGCCGUCAUUUGUUUUGCAUUCCAAGCUAUGCAGUUUUUAAUUCUUUUAAUACGUUGCCAAACUGAUAACUUUCACUAGUUCCACGAAAAAAAAUAAAACUUUCCGUCACCGUCGUUGGAAAAACGCUUCACACGACAGGUAAAGUACAGGUAUAUAAAGCCCGCGCUUUUCAGGUAAUCAAUCAGUUGACUUCCAGUCAAUAGUUUGAACUAUCUCAAUAUUAUCGAAUAAUUAUUCUAGAAUGAUUUUUAAAGUUCUUUUACUUAUCGGUUUAGUGGCACAUUAUUCCACGGCCAGGAGCAUCCAUUCGCACGGACGCAAUUCUGCUGAACGGCGUGCGGAGGCUGAAAGAAAUCCGGCAGAUCACGAACCCAAUUUGACUGAAGUAAUUCACGAAGUAGAAAAUGUUCGAGAUACUUUCCUACGAAAUUUGUCAGAAGAGAUGAAAAAAAUUGAUUCCAAGCUGCAGAAGAUUAAAGAACGGCACGAACAUGAAAGGGAAGAAGCUGAACGUGCAGCUGAAGUCCAACAUCCCAUCACGAUGAGGCUUGAAGUGUCGGUCCCGGAGCGUGGAAAGAAGGUCUUCGAACUGGUAGCCGAUGGUGACUCAACUGAGCGCAAGGAAGGAAGGUUUAGAGAUUCCGGCAAGCGUAAGAAAGAAGAAGGAUCCAGCGAAUCCAGUGAAUCCAGCGAGUCUAGAGAAUCCGGAGAGCGCAGAAAAGAAGAAGAAUCUCCUAGAGAACGCCUUGAAAAGGAAGAAGCUAAAGAAUCUGCCGAACGCCAUGUAGAGGAAGAGUUUAAAGAACCCCAAGAAAAGAGAGGAGAAGAAGAGUCAUCCGCCGAACGCAGGGAAAAGGAAACGGCCAAAGAAAUUAGCCGAACUCAAAGUGGAGGAGAGGCUAGAGAAUCCCAGAAACAGGAAGAAAAAGAAUCAUCCGCCGAACGCAUGGAGAAGGAAAAAGCUAAAGAAUUGCUCGAAAAUGAAAUCGAGGAAGAGCGGAAACGAAAAGAAGAAGAAGAAUCAUCCGCUGAACGCAGAGAAAAGGAAAAGGCCAAAGAAUCUGCCGAACGCAAAGUGGAGGAAGAAUUUCGAGACGCUCGCGAACGGGAAGAAGAGGAAGAGUCAUCCGCCGAACGUAGGGAAAAAGAAAUUGCUGGAGAAUUAGCUGAACGUAAAGUAGCAGAAGAGGCCAGAGAAUCUCGCGAACGAAAGGAAGAGGAAGAAUCAUCCGCCGAACGCAGAGAAAAUGAAUUGGAAAAAGAAUUGGCCGAACGCAAAUUGGAAGAAGAGGCUAGAGAAUCCCGCGAACGCAAAGAUGAGGAAGAAUCGUCUGCCGAACGCAGGGCAAAAGAAAUGGCCCAGGAAUUGGCCGAACGCAAAGUAGAGGAAGAGGCUCGAGAAUCUCGUGAACGUAAAGAAGAAGAAGAAGAAUCAUCAGGCGAGCGCAGAGAAAAGGAAAGAGCCAAAGAAUCCGCCAAACGCAAAGUAGAGGAAGAGGCAAAAGAAUCUCGUGAACGUGAGGAAGAGGAGGAAUCAUCAGCUGAACGCAGGGAAAAAGAAAGGGCAAAGGAAUCCGCCGAGCAAAGAGUAGAGGAAGAAUUUCGAGGGCCCCAAGAACGCAAAGAAGAAGAAGAAUCUUCUGCGGAAAAAUCCGAUUUGAUGACAGCUCCUAGUGGCUCGAGUAUUGUCAUAAGCGUUCCACCGGAAUUACACCCUGAAGGAAAGGUGAAUAUCGAAGUCUUUCCAGGUGAAGGCAAAGAAUACAUUGGUCAACCUGAGGAUUUAAGAGCUGAAGAGGAGCACACCGAAGCUGCAACCGAGGAGCCGAACGUUACGGAAAGGUCUACAACCGAACACACAACAGAAUCCAUUACAACGGAACACACAACAGAAUCCAUUACAACGGAACACACGACAGAAUCCAUUGCGACAGAACGUCCCACAGAGAAAUCCACGACCAUAGAAGAAGAAAAACCGACAACUACUGAACGCCACAGGGAAGAAACAACGACAGAACAUCGCAGAGAGGAAGCAACGACAGAACGUCGAGGUGAAGAAACCACAACAGGACGGCAUAGGGAAAGAUCUACCACCACAGAAGCGGCUACUCCCGUCACCGAAGAAGAGGAAGAAGUAGAAGAAGAAGGAACGAUUUUACUACCAUCUGGCACCACAAAUAUUAUUUUUAACCUUCCAUCCAGAUCACGAAACCAAGGAGAUGAAAUGCCUCUAGAGAAUAUCGAAAGCUCGAAGAUCAGUCGUCCUAGCCAAGGCAAACUGUCACGGCGACCGACCGAUGGCAAGAAACGAACAUCCGGCAGACGCUGUCCGAUCGGCUAUCAGUUUAACAUCUAUUCUCAAGACUGCAACUCUCCUAGCCGUAAUACCAAUUACGGAUCUUACUCGUGGUCCGGGUUCCCUCCUCAGAUUUCCUUUAAUCAGAACAGUCCUUUUAUAAAUCUAUUCGGUUUACGUAAAUAAUUGUGAUGAUGAAGAAUAGUAAUGUAGUCGAUGCAUAGUUUAAAAUCUGUUUUUGGAAUACACGUUGGAGAAAAAUAA